AUGGUGGCUGGUCACUGUGGUCCUUGUUGGGCUUUCAGUGUAACUAGUGCCCUUGAAGGACAUAUGUUCCGGAAAACUGGCAGACUUAUUUUACUGAGUGAGCAGAACCUUGUGGACUGCUCCCAGUCUCAAGGCAAUGAGGGCUCCCAUGGUGGCCUAAUGGAUAAUGCCUUCCAGUAUGUUCAGUCCAAUGGAGGCCUGGACUCGGAAUCCUAUCCAUAUAUGCAAAGCUGCAAAUUUUAGCCCAAGGAUUCUAUUGCCAAUGACACUGGCUUCGUGGACAUCCAGUGGCAGGAGAGGUCCCUUAUAAAGGCAGUGGCAACUGUGGGGCCCAUCUCUGUUGCUAUAGAUGCAAGCCACUAUAGCUUCCAGUUCUAUGAAGAUGGCAUUUCUUAUGAUCCAAACUGCAGCAGCGAAGACCGAGAUCAGGGCAUUCUCAUGGUUGUAGGCCUUGAAGGUGCAGAAUCAGAUAACAAUAAAUAGUGGAUUGUUAAAAACAGACUUCAAGUACAGGAAGUUGUCAAGUCUGGAUCUCAAUGUGGGAAACCAUCUGCUAUGCACAAAUGA